AUGCAGUUCACUCUUGCCUCCGUCAUGGUCAUUGCUGCCGCUCUCGCUCCGGCAGUCAGCGCUUUCUCCGUUACCAACUGUGAGACCGGACAAUACAAGAACUACGGCGCAAACGGAAACAGUGGCUGCAAGGGCUUCACUACUGGCAACAGGGUUGCAUACGACAGCAACAAGGGUUACACCCUAAGGGUCUUUGGAUCGACCGACUGCCAGGGUGAUGCUAUCAAGGAGAUCUCUCAGCAGAACACUUGUGUCGACGUUGGCUUCAACGGACUGUCCGUCGAGGUCUUCUAG